AUGGCGGUUUGGGCCUGUGCCCCGCGGCGUGGGUGGCGGCGCGUCGUUUUCCCGCUCCACCCCGCCGGCAGCCGUUACUCCCGCGGCGGGUUUCUCUCUGGCGCCGCGUGGGACUCCUGCGGCCAAACGUCGAGGGGCAGCGGGGAGAAUCUCGCCGCCGCGCGAGGGCAAGCCCGGCCGCCGGCCGUGGGCGGCCAGCGUGGCUCCCGCUUGGCUGUGACAGCGCCGUCGUCGCGUCGCCCUCUCGCGCGCGGCCGCUCUUCGCCUGACGCCGUUUGGCGCGGUGCGGGUGCGGCGCCGAUUGUGCGUGGCCGCACGCGGCGGCAGGAGGCACCGCGGCGCAGUGCUGCCCGGCGUUUCGCCUCCUCCGCGGGACGCCUCCGUGCACGCCGUGUCGCUGCGGCGCCGGCCACGCUGCGCGCCGACGGCUCCGUCACUCCGCCAGGGCAGUUGGUGGCAACUUCCCCGAUGCGGUCACCGGCUGCCCCAGUGAUGAUUGUGGAUGCACCCCCGCUGCGCAACGCAACACGGCGUGUGUCUGUCCGUGUGAAAGCUGCGAGAGUUAAGGCAAAGCCCCCGCCUCUCGACCUUUGUCACGACACGUACUUGUCCUUUGCCUGCCACGUGCCGAUUGGUUUCAGCACACCCAGCCGGGAAUAUAUUGCCCUCUGA